AAGGGACCAAAAUCCGAGGUUACGGUACCGUUUUGGGUGAAGUGUGAGGUUGAGGGACGGCACGGCGUCCGACGGCGGAGAUUGACGGCGGAGAUAGGACGGAGGAUGAACUUAAAUUAAGAUAAGUUUUAACAAGCAGGUUUUUCUAUAUACUUGAUGGGGAAAUCACAAGCAGAUGAGAAGAUUCUCAGCUACAAUGAUGUGGUUCUUAGACGAUCGGAUCUAGACAUCCUUAGUGGUCCAUAUUAUUUGAAUGAUCGAAUUAUUGAGUUUUAUUUCAGCUAUCUUUCUUCAUGUCAUCCCUCUCAGGAUACUCUGCUGGUUCCCCCAUCCAUUGCAUUUUGGAUUUUAAAAUGCCCUGUCGCUGAGGCUCUUAGUGAUUUCAUAGAACCCCUUCAUUUAUCUGAUAAGACAUUGGUUAUAUUUCCCAUCAAUGACAAUGAUGAUGUUGAGAGAGCUGAAGGUGGUUCACAUUGGAGCUUACUUGCAUACUAUCGCAAUGCUAAUUUGUUUGUUCACCAUGAUAGUUGCAGAAGCAUGAAUGCAGCACCUGCCAAGCAACUAUAUAAAGCUGUUUCUGGAUACAUGGGGUUAUCAAGCUCAGCUUCUGAGGCCAGCUUUAUGGAAUGCACUGAUUCACCCCUACAAGAGAAUGGCUAUGAUUGUGGUUUAUAUGUCACAGCCAUUGCCAGAAUAAUAUGUAGCUGGCAUGUAAAUCAUAAAAAUACUGAUACAAAUGAUCUGUGGUUUUCUGUCGUGAAGGAACAGGUUUCUCCAUCUGUCGUUGCCAGCAUGCGAGGCGAGAUCCUGGCCUUGAUCAGAGAUCUAAUGGCAAGACAUUGAGAUCAACAUGCUCCAGAUUAAAAUACAUCUUCUUAUUUUAAGUAUUGAAUUUAAGUUUGAGCAUCUUCUAUAUCUUGAUUGGUGAGAAGACUUUGAUUUACACUAUGUUUAGACUUUAGAUACUAAGUGAAAUUGAGGGGAUAUUAAUUGAAGUGAUUUUGAAGUGAAAUUUUGUAUUGUUUGGAUUGAUGUAAUUAGAAAAAAAAUGAAAUGAAAUGGUUAUUUAUUUAUUUA